ACGUGCGCGGGCGCCACUUCAUACACCCACAGAACUAGACCUUCGCAAAGCAUAGUUCGGCCAGUGGGUGAUAGUGAUACCACGCGUAUAUCACCGUAAAAAUACAAAAAAAAAUGUGAUAUAGUAACUUUUUAAUUGAUUCCAAGUGGUAUUACAAACUUUUUUAAAUACGCGGUAAUUAAUCUAGGCGAACUGGCACGCACGCACUGGCCAAAGCGUUCGACAAAAAAAAACAAAAAAGUUUUGAUACAAAGUUUUUGAACUGGCUGGAAAAGUAAUAAAAUUAAAAAGUUUAAAAAUACCGCGAAAUGUUUUGAAGUGCUAAAAGAAUAAAGUUUUUAAGUUUAUGAUUGGUGAAUAAAUAGUGCUACCACAGAAUAAUAAUAAGUGCUACUUAUUUAAAUAAGUUGAAAACAUCUCUAAACCUAGAGAAAGUGGAAAUACAGUUGUCAAAAUGGCGGACUCCUUAGUAUUUGGCAGCAGCGAGAAGAUGCGAAUCAACAGGAACAUCCUGGUGCUUGGAUUCGCCUUCAUGGUCCAGUUCACGGCGUUCCAUGGAGCUGCCAACCUGCAGAGCUCGGUCAACAGUGAUGCUGGAGCGGGCACCUUCACCCUGGCUGCGAUCUACUUCUCACUCAUCAUAUCCAAUAUACUCCUGCCGGCUGUGGUGAUCAAAUGGCUAGGCUGCAAGUGGGCUGUGGCCCUCUCAUUCAUCGCGUACAUGCCGUUCAUAGCGGCUCAGUUCUACCCCAAGCUGUAUACCCUGAUACCAGGCGGCAUGAUGGUCGGCUUCGGCGGCGGCCCGCUAUGGUGCGCCAAGUGCACCUAUCUUUCUGUGGUGGCAGAGCCGUAUUCCAAACUAUCUGGGGUGUCGGUUGAGGUGCUGGUGGUGCGGUUCUUCGGGCUCUUCUUCAUGUUCUACCAAAUGGCCCAAAUUUGGGGAAACCUGAUCUCAUCUGCCAUUCUCUCAUCAUCUCUGGGAGAAACAGCGUCAAUGUUCAACGAGACCCUGAUACCUGAAGACCUGGUAUCGAACGUCACAGCGCCAUUAGUGGACUUUGGGGCCACCUGUGGGGUUAACUUCUGCAGUGGGAGUGCUGGACAUGGAAACACAAACUUGGCACCUCCUUCUCCGCUCAAGAUCCAGGUCAUAGCGGGGAUCUAUCUCCUGUGCAUGGCCACUGCGGUCAUUAUGGUCGCUCUUGGGGUUGAUUCGCUCACCAGGUACACCGCAGGCCGCCAAGCCACGUGCAACGGAAAAUCCGGACUGCGGUUACUGGCGGUGACGCUACGGCAACUGCGACAUAGGUAUCAGCUGCUCUUGCUGCCCGUUAUAGGGUAUAUUGGAGCUGAACAGGCGUUCAUGGCUGCCGAUUUUACUCAGGCGUUCGUAGGCUGCGCGUACGGCAUCAACAACAUCGGCUACGUGAUGAUCUGCUUCGGCGUGUUCAACGCGCUGGCCGCGCCCGUCGCCGGCGCCGUCGUCAAGCUGACCGGCCGGUACCCGGUCAUGAUCACGGCUUUGAUCCUGAACCUAUGCCUCAUCACCGCUUUACUGCUGUGGCGUCCAAGCCCUGACCAAUGGCUGGUAUUCUUUGCGCUAGCAGCUGUAUGGGGCACCGCUGAUGCUGUAUGGCUCGUGCAAGUUAAUGCGUUAUCCGGCAUUCUGUUCCCGGGCGACGAAGAGGCUGCGUACUCCAACUUCAGGCUGUGGGAAGCGACUGGUAGCGUUCUGUCUUAUGCUACAGCUCCGUAUCUUUGUGUGAGGACUAGAUUACUGAUACUCCUCGGACUCCUCCUGGUGGGUUUCUCCGGUUAUACCACGAUCGAGCUGAUGGAAUUCAAGGCCAAGCGCAAGCACCACCUUGAGAGGAACUUCGAACUCGUAGCAGAGAAGAACGAACGCGAUUGAAGAAGAAUAUUCUCCAAGUUAGUUCCAAGGAUUUGCCUCUUCACUACUCAAGAUUUUGAGGGCGAUUGAGUUGGCAAUUUUU